AUGCCCGACGUUAGUGCAAAGGAGUACGAAUAUCAAUAUGCGUAUCAACCACCUGAUAAAGGACUCGAUUCGUUUCUCCUCUCUUCGCCUUUGACACUCGAAGUUGAGGGUUGGGAUGAGGAUGCAUUAGGUAAAUCGCUGGAACCCAAUAAUGAUAAUAUGAGCCCGUCAACCAGUUCUCAGGAUGAUCUUGUGCUUCAUGCCAGAUUUCCACCUUCCACUGUCACCCUAGCGGAAUUGGAGUUAGAAAAAUCGUCAGUAUCUGGAGUAUCUGGAGAUGAGCUAUACAAUCAUAACGACAACGAUGAGGGCGAGUUUCCGAAUGAUACGUCAUCAGAUCCUAUUCCUCCAAAAGAUAUAUCUCAAAUACCUCAUCGAAGUGGAAUGAGCGUGUCCAAUGGAUUUCGAUCGUUAUACGAUCCAACACCUCCCAGUCAAAGUAAUCUUGAGAUAUACAAAUUCGAUCAACUCGGACGACAACUUCGAAAUGACCGUUUAAACCCACGUUCGAAUCAAGACUUGAGGUGCUAUAUGCAAGCUCCCCUUUGGGCUGCCGAACCCACCAGAGGAGGAGGUAUAACCCGAUAUAUGGCAUCGGGUUCAAAGACUUAUGAUCCUCUUAAACCAAUUGCUACUUUUACCAACCAGUCCAUCAAUGGACAAGGGGAGAUAAGUGUAUCGAGGAUAAGUGGGUUAGGAUGGUUGAACAGGCAUAGAACGUAUUUCACCAUUAAUCUUAGUAAACAAUUCGCUUUGAAGAGAUACCGUUCAGCCUCAGGCUCGACAGUGAAGACAAGGAUGGAUAGAUCAUCGAGUCUUGCGCCGGUGAUUACUACCGCUCUUUCAUGGUCUUUCACUAGGUUUUUACAAGUUCAUGGUACGCCAUCGGGAGAGGAUGGACAGUGGACAGUUGAGAGGCUGGAUGAUCAAAUUGAGAGUAUUCGACCGAUACUUUAUUUCGGUACGGCGAGGAUAUUGGAAGCUUGGAAUCAAGUUAGGAUCAAUGACGAGGAAUUGAUCAUUUCUAAGAUUGAUGGGAAGAACGUCGAUGCUAGUAGGAGAGUUGCGAGAGAAAAGGCCGAGGGAAGCUAUGUGCCUACUAAGAAGUCGGUGCUGUAUGAGGAUGAUCGAGAAACGAAGAAAGGGGAGGAGCAGGGCGAGGGGAAGGAUGAAAUGGAAGUGAGUUGA